AUGCGGAACUAUCAUGUGUCAAAAUGGCUACCGUCAAAGAUAUUGAAGCUGACGCUCAAGUGACCUAUGAAGAUCAGCAGAAAAUUAAUAAGUUUGCUCGACACAAUGCACGGCUGAAUGAUAUACGGGAAGAACUAGUAGCCAAGAAGAAAGAGCUUCAAAACUUAGAUGAUGCAAGUGAUGAGUUGGUGCUACUAGAUGAUGACCUGCCAGUUCCUUACCAGAUUGGUGAAUUUUUCAUCUCGACCACCACGGACGAAGCCAACAAGAUGGUGGAAGCAGCUAAAGAAGCAACGCAAGAGGAAAUUAAAGAACUGGAAGAAAGGGCCGAGAGUCACAAAACUGUUUUAUCCGAUCUAAAAAUUCAGCUGUAUGCCAAGUUUGGUAACAAUAUAAAUCUGGAGGCAGAGGAAGACUAGGAUUUUUUUAAUUUUAGGUUAUUGCAUCAUCCCUUUUUCAUCCUGUGAAUUGUGACUCGUUUGUUCUUUGACCACUAAGUGCUGAGAAGAAGCCAUCUUAGUGACCAUCUACAUGUAAAAUCUGAAACAUCUUGCAAAGUCUGCCUACUCUGGACAACAUAAAAAUGUGUUCUAGACAGAUCACUUGGAAGACACAACAGAUGGGUUGGGGUAGGGGUCUUGGAAUACAGUUUAUAAAGUGAUUUAAUGUUUGUUGUCUUUUAUAUCUGCAGUUGUCAAUUUUAAAGGUGUGGGUUGUUUUUUUGUAUUUAGUUUAUAAUUGAAUCACCUUUGACAGGCUGAUGGACGAUUUAGUUUUUUGGCCUGUUUUUUUUUUCUUCUUCUGUUUUGCCUGCUACUGUGCUCCUUAAAUAAUGUUAAAAAAAUAUACAUAUAUAUGACAGAUAUUAAAAGCAAAUUGUAGGGGGUUUUUUCUCUUGUUUUUUUUUUUUUACAUUUCCUUGCAUUAAUUUUGCUGAUAGGUGGGUUUGCGAGUCCUAUUUCUGACAGAGCAGCUCUUGUCAUAAUACAAAGUCCUCCUUGCUGUUGAUCACUUGAGUUGAAUAUCAUGUUUAACCAUGUGGAUUUUUAUUUCAUUUCAGUGUAUUUCUGUUCAUUCAGUAGACUGACAAUCAAAGGAAAAUAUAUCAUAGGCUUCAAUGUAGGAUAAAAACAGUAAAAUAUACCUAUCCAACACCAUUUAACACGAUAGUGAUAAAGAAUGUACUACUUGUGAUACCUGCAUCUUGAAAAAAGAUUACCAUAAGUGUAUAAAUAAUGUACCUAAUGCACUUAAAGAUUCAUUUCAUAAAACUGGGCUCUGAUCCUGUAAUGGAUGUGGGGUAAAAAUGUACAUUUUUAUUUUUGCAAUGCUACUAUUACAGUUUUUUUCAUUUGUUUGAUGGUUAGUAUGGUAUAGUUUAAAGAACUUCAGUAAAUACAGUAAAUGAAUCAGCAAAUAACAAUAUAAAAACAAAACAAAAAUUUAUGCGAAUUUUAAGCAAGCCAAGUAUUAACAUGAUUAAGUAACAAAGAACAGAAAUCAAAGGUAACUUGUAUACGUUAUGAUACAAAUGGUAUUAAAAAUAACAGUAUUUUGUAAA